AUGGACGAUACCAUUCGUACCAAACCUGCCCCCAUGUCGUCAAACCACAACUCAAACUCAGCGAUGCAACCAACCAUGACAAUGAAUUCCAACAAAAGUCCAAACAACGGCUCAUUGAGCUCAAUUCCAGAGUCGAACGCAGAGGGAUGCGACGGUAUUGAUAGCGAAGAAUCGGAGAAAGUCAAGAUCGGAUACACAGUUCGCUCGAAACUGGUCAAGAAACAUGGUCUCUCUCCUCAACAGCCAGAUGACACCGUCAAUGAAAAAAAGCCAAAGUCUAACAACGACGGGUUCAUUAGAACAUCUUCUUAUCUCCAAGAAAUGUCCAUGCCCGAUGUGCCUUUGAGCGGAUACCAAGUGAUGGUGAACGCCGAAAAAGACGAGCGCGACAAAAUACUCGCUGAAAUCAAGCAGCUUGAGUCAAGCGCACAGUCGGCAAUGAUUCUUCCACCUUUAGGUAACAAUGGGAUCCCUAGAAUUACCCAACAAGCUCCGCUCGCAUCGGUAUCAUACCCUUACCAAUAUCGCCUUCCGAAGGUGAGGGAAAGCACCAUCACCGAAGACAUUGAACGUAGACGAAUUCCUAUGGGUUUCCAUGGCGAAGGGGAAGUAGGAGGAUACAAUUACAAGACUGGUAGUGCAGUAUCAGCGGAUCAGCUUACUUAUGCCAUGGAGUGCUUUAGUAUACGGAGUGCUAUCCCAGAGGGUCUCGACAAACGCAUCGAAAACCUUACUAAGUUGCAAGAAAAAUCGAUGCAGUAUGCCCACUUUGUUACGAUGUCUAAUUAUCGUGUGAAACAAUUGAAGAUAAUGGAAAACUCCUACAGACUACUUGGGGAGCGCAAAAUCAUUUUCAGUGGAAUGCACGAGCGAUGGCAAUUUGAGCGUCGUCAACUUGAAGAGGAACUCAUCGGUAGUACCACCGCUCGCAAAUGGCUCCUGGAAGAGAUAAUCCGUCUGUCAAAGGAUUGCUGA